AUCUUCGUUUCUAUCAUGUUCCAGUUAGUCGAACAUUCUCUACCUUCGAUUAUCGUGGAAGUGUAUUGAAAUCGGUGUCGUUUAUCCAUAUUUAUCUUGACAAAUUCUGUUUGAUAUCUUUGAUUUUAGAUUCUUCUCAAAAAAAGAAAAGAUUGAAAGAAAACGUAGCAUGACAGUGACAAAAACAAAUAACACGAUAAGUGUACCUACAAUUGAUAACGUAAUCGGAAAUAAAAAGAAGAACACAACUAUAAAGAUCGAAGAACUGAUAAAAAAAGAUGAUGAAAUUACUUUGGAAGAUCUGGCACCAGACGGCGGUUGGGGAUGGAUCAUUGUAUUGGCAAUGAUAUUCAUUUUUAUGACUACGAUGGGUCCAGGAUCAUCAUAUGGCAUAAUCUUUGGCGAUUUCCUUGAAGCUUCCGGACAGGCGGGCAUGGCAUCAAGCCUUUCCAAUUCCUUCUUUAUGAUCUGUUUUUCUAUUGCAAGUUUGCUGACUAAUACCUUAUUGAAAAGAUAUUCUACAAGACCGGUCGGAAUUUUAGGAGCGUUCUGCUUCUCGGUAUCAAACAUUUUGCUGGCGUUUAGCAGAAAUAUAUACGAUUUGGCUUUUCUUUUCUUGUUUCAAGGUUUUGGAUUGGGUCUAAUUAUUACGGUUUGCAAUACGGUUUUCAAUGCAUAUUUUGUAAAAAAAAGAACGAAAGUGAUGAGCGCGGCGCAAGUCAUUAUUGGAUUGGGUGGAAUUAUUUAUCCAACAUUAACCGAAAAGUUGAUGGCAUUGUAUGGUUUUCGCGGUACCGCAGCGAUUAUGGGUGCAAUAAGUCUUAAUAGCAUCGUUGGCAUGACAUUGAUGCAUCCUGUGGAAUGGCACUUCAAAACACUGGAUGAUGUUCGUGCUGAAAAGGCUCGCAUAAAGCAACAUAGAUUUCAAGAACUGUCAUUGUCGAAUCGUCGGUCAACCAUCGAUGUUAUUCACAUAUCUUCGAAGACUAAAUGGAGCAGUCUUCAUAGUCUUAAAGAAGAAAAUGGCGCAGAAAUGCCCUUAUUAAAUGAAAUGCUUAAGCCUUCUGCGCAAAGAGUAGCUUCAAACUCCGAAAUCGAGGGUGGAAUUCGCGAAAGGGCGAAAUCAGUAUCUAUGCGAGAAAGUUUAGCGAGGCGUGUGUCAGCUCUAUCGGCAUCCAGCUUGGUCAAUGUGGCGACUAGCGUUGGUGCAUUAAGUGAUAUACGCCAACAAUAUCUGGAAAAGAAAAAUUGCGAGGAACAAACGAAUAAGGAAAUUCAAGAACAAAAGGAGAAUGAUAAGCAAGACAUCGAGGAAAAACAAAAGGAGAUGAAGUACAAGAUAAUUUUGAGAGAUCUCUUGGAUAUGUCAUUGGUAAAGAAUUGCACUUUUCUCAACUUAUGUUUUGGCGUCAGUUUUGUGUGUACCGCCGAUUAUUGCUUCUCCUCUUUUGUUCCUCUUAUAAUGGCCGAUGCGGGAUACACUAAACGUGACGCCGCGCUAACCAUUACGAUUAGUGGAACAGCUGAGCUGGCAUCAAAAAUUUUACUAACAGUUUUUACAUUGAUAGUGGACGUAAAAGCGAAAUAUCUAUUUUUCGGAGCUAUGAUUGUCACGCAAUUCACAAGGCUAGGUUUUUUAUUAUACAAGCAUACUCUUAUGGGCGCAUUUAUUAUGACAGCGUUAAUCGGUUUCGUGCGUUCGUGGUUGUUGGUUCCACAGCCUCUAGUCAUUAUUGAAAACAUCAAUAUAGAAAAAUUUGCCUCGGCUUACGGCAUUUUUGGAAUUAUUAGUGGCUUAGUUACGGUAGUUUUCGGCGCUAUCGUAGGACUUAUUAAGGAUUGGACUGAUAGCUUCGAUAUGUAUCAAGUCUCUCUACUAGUAUUAAAUGGUGCGUUCAUUAUACCUUGGACUCUACAAUUUAUCUUUGUGGAUCUUAAGAAACGGCCGAAGCAACGUGCAGAGGAAACUAUUACAAAAUCAUAGAUAUAAAAUAUGUUGAAACUUCUAUUCUAUAUCUCUUCAAGACCAGGCACUUAUCGUAUUUCUUCCUUUUUGUGAUGUUUAGCUUGAUGUCUUCUAGGCACUUAUACUCAGGCAAUUAAAAAGUGUUUAAAAUCACACAAAACGUUUAUCGAUUCUUUCAAUUACUAUUUCUUUUACUUCUGAUUUAUUCAAAGAUAUUGAUAAUAAUUAUAAAAUAAUUAUAAAGAAUUACAA